UGUUGGAAACCAAUGACGCCUGCUUUAUACUUGAAUGCGGUUGACGCGUUGUGCCAUAUCUAUCUCCUGCUCAGGGCUUCCUCUUAACGGUUUACGGCGAAGCAGGCUCGAGACACCGGGGCUGUGUGUGCAGGUGAUGGAAGUCCACGCUCCACCAGGCACCAUCAUUGGCUCGAUCCGGCAGGACAUCAGCCUCCUACCUCGCUUCUCGGUGCUGGACAGCGCUGGGAACGCGGUCCUUCAGAUCAGUGGGCCCUGCUGCACGUCGGCCAUCUGCUGCGGUGACGUCGUCUUCGACAUCCUCGCCAGGGACGGCCGCACCAAGAUCGGCAUGAUGUCAAAGAACUGGAGCGGCGUGUUCCGCGAGGCGUUCACAGAUAUCGACAAUUUCACGGUGACGUUUCCCAUAGACCUGGACGUCAAGAUUAAGGCCACGUUGUUGGCGGCUCUCUUCUUGAUCGACUUCAUCUUCUUCGAGAGCGGCUCCAGCGGACCGGGUGCGCCGGAUCUUCCCGGAAACCUAAUAAACUAAACUCCUUCGCUGGC